AUGAAUUGUAAUAACACUAUCGAUCCAUGUGCUGAUGUUAUACAUCGACUUAGUUCUAGAAUUCAGAGAGAACAAAAUCCAUCGGCUAGAAUUCCAUCAUGUAUCGAGAGAACCUUUUAUCAAAUAAAAGAUCCCGUUGGGCAAGAACGUUGUGUUGAAGUAUGUCAAACAAGGUACGAUUCGUUAGAUAUUCCAGAUCGUAUUAUAAACGAUUGUGAUGCUAUGAAGCAAUGUCCUGAUUUCAAUCGACAUCAGUUUACAUUGUCAAAAAUAUUCGAUAAUAAACGGAAAUAUAUCGAUUACGUUGUUACGAAUGUUCUUCGUCAAGUUGUUAAUCAUGUACCGUUUGAAUCGUUGCAUCGGUUAUCAUGUUGUUUACCAGAACAAAUUGAGGAUAUUCUUCGAAAUGUCACCGAUAUGGAUUCUGAUCGGCUAGUUCGUAUGUUGGUCACUGAAGUUCUUCAGUCAUGCGGGGAUGAUGCCGGCCAAGUCACUGACUGGUAUGCCUUUGCCAAUUCAAUUCAGUAUUCUGCUCCUUCGCCAAUAGUUACAACACGUGAACUUCAAAUGACACCGAAACCGAAAAAGUCACCUUCAGAAAAAAAGACUUCUGAUCGAAUACGAACCGGUCAGAUCAAAUCAAUCUUCGAUUCCACACCUGUGGAGAAGAAACACUCGUCCGGAAGUACCAUCUUCGAAAGUGUUAACACCCCAAGAACGAAUUUGAAUCCAGAAACUUCCAUGAGCACGACUGAAAAGGAGACGUACACACCCAUCGGUGCUAAAUAUCGCUCGAAAACAAGUGAUUCCAUCCCAUUCGAUGAGAAAGCAAAUCAUCGAUCAACGCUAUUUGAGCACCAAUCUUCUUCAAAUAUUCAUCAGCCCGAUAAGCGUGUUGAUCGCUCGUCUUCGUCCUCGAAUGAUUGUAUACUGACAAUUCAACAUAAACAUAAGCACCGAAAAAGCGGCGAUUGUCGACAUCAUCAACAUCGGAAACACAGUGAUAAUGUCACGAGUUUCGAUGCACCUUCAUCUAACAUAUCAGUUCCUAACGAUAAACAAAUAUCCCUCAACGCUUCACCAGAUUUUAGUCGAGAAGUGAACUCAAAUUCGAUGGUAACAACGGACAAUCAUACUGAGAGCCCGACGUUUGAACUACACCCACCAAAUAACAAUACAGAGCAAGACAUUCAAUCAAGAGCAAAAACGAAAAUCUCUCGAAUUAAUCACUAUCCGAAUAUGUUAGCUGACUUUGACUAA